UUCCGUGGUGAAGGCGAAGAAAAUGUUAAAUUUUCGAUUACCAAUAAGUUCUUGUACCGUUUUUCUAUGUGCAUUGUGCUCAGUAACAAUUGCGGUGUUUGCGAUAGUUGAAGAAUGAAAACCGAGUGAAUUAGUUACGAAGUAAAACAACGAUUCGGUUGUCCAUGUGUUGGGAUUGUUUGACGGGCGGACCGAAACCGAUGUGCUGUGCAUAGGACAGCCGUCGUGUUGCGAAUAUCCGCGCGUUCCAAAAGCAGUUGGGUAUCAACCUAAACCGCAAGAAUGUGACCAAGAAGAAGGGCCUGCGUAUGCACCGCAGCAUUGGUCUUGGUUUCAAAACUCCGAAAGAGGCCAUCUCUGGAACGUACAUCGACAAGAAAUGCCCCUUCACCGGACACGUUUCCAUUCGUGGUCGUAUCCUCACCGGGGUUGUUCGCAAAUUGAAGAUGCACCGCACUAUCGUGAUUCGUCGUGAUUAUUUGCACUUCAUUCGCAAGUACGAUCGUUUCGAGAAGCGGCACAGGAACAUGAGCGUUCAUCUGUCGCCCUGUUUCCGUGAUGUCGAAGCUGGAGAUAUUGUGACUGUUGGUGAAUGUCGACCACUCUCCAAAACUGUGCGCUUCAACGUGCUGAAGGUCAGCAAAAUGGCCGGAUCCAAGAAGAAGUUCAGCAAAUUCUAAGGUAAAUGCUGCCUGUCGGCGUGUGGUAUUCAUUCGCCCAUCAUCAUCGGAACACAAAGGAGAUGGAUGCUGGUUGGAGUGAGGAAGGGGAAUAAAGGAUGAAAACCAACUAAAAAUGUA